AUGGCUCUGAGAAUGAUAAUUGGCGCUUUGAAGAGAGCAUACCCAAGAGUGCCGGUGAUGACCACAGACGAGCUACAGCAUUUAAUGAAGAAGACCGCAUCACAGUCAGGUUACAGAAAGCUCGUCCUGUUGGUAAGCAAGAGAUGUUCUACGUCAUUAGUUUUUUCAGCUGUUUGUAUACUGUGUAUACCGCACACCGCGGUGCGCAGUUUCCAAAGAGUUCAGGAGACUCUAUCCCUUGUUAUCGGCUUGCGUUGCCCUUGCGGUUGGUGCUAACUUACAGCUUUCAAUCGAGAACUAAAGAUGUACCGGAAAAAUUCAAAACUCGCCCUAGGUUUAGAAGAUUUUGCACUAAACAACAACCAACAACAACCAACGUCGUAAUUACAAAUUUUGUGACAAUAAACACUGUCUGCAGCAAGCUAAGCCAUCAAAGCAUAGUUAGUGGCAUAGUGCAUAUAUACAAGCCUAAUUAGACAGGGUUACAGGAGUGUUGACACUCAGUGUUUGUUGAAACAAAAAUACACUUUCGGAACACAGCGAGAGAAGCCUAACAGCACUUUGAUAUAGGGCUGUUGUUGCUGCUGUUUUUGUUGUUUCUGUUUUAUCUUUUUCAAAAAUUCGUUCAGUUUUGAUGUAAGCAGCAACGUUGAACGGUUUCAAAUAAGCCACACUAUAAACAAAAAUGGGGCACGAAAGCCACCCACGUCACAUGCAUGUCACGACCUUGUCUGCUCAACUCACGAAUAUCAGACAAUAUCCGGGAUUAUAAACUCGAUGGAAAAAUAUCAUCGCUGCUUUAUAGUCACAAAAUUAUUGUUUACCAAGAAUAGGAGGUGAUAACUGAGUAAUUUUUCUCUUGGAUUUGACCGUAUUUUUUUCGCGAAGGACACGAUUCUAUUCAUUACGUAAUUAAAACGUAGCUGCACUGUCCUUUUAAAUUUGCAUUAUGCAUUACAUUAAACUCACGCAAACUGCGUUUAGAUAGAAGACAGGUAAACUUUAUUUAACCACGAGCAAUUCAUCAGCUAUUUACCAAAAGUUAUCAAACUGUAACUACACAACUCUGAUUAUAUUAAACUAAGCAUUGAACUACACUAUAUUCAGGGGCGUAGCGACCAUAUACUCACAUACGCACGUGCGUACCUCAAAAAUUUAAAAAUACAGAUUUUUUAUAGACCUUGUCACGGUUUUCGACGCCAUCUUGACGAGUUGGCAAGCGCGUGAGAAGUUACAGUGUUUCUAUGAGAAUCUAAUGUCGAAUAAUUUCUCUAGAACGGCUGUUCUGAAAAAAAUAUCGAUUGUAAACUAAAGCUUCACUCCUAAGGAUUCUACUGAAAAAAAUUGAGGGCCUUACAUGCGCUAGAAGAUCUAGAGCUGCUAGAACCACUUUUUUAAAUUUUCAAUACAUUUGUCUGUAAGAAAGUCCCGGAAAAAUUACAGACAAAUAUGUGGAAAAUCUGAAGCAAGCCUCUGGAGAAAUUUAAGAACAGGUACGCCCCCAAAAUUUUUUGGUCCAAUCCUUUGUAAACUUUAGUUUACAGUUAUAUUUUUUCAGAACAGCCGUUUUACGGAAAUUAUUCGACAGUAGAUUCUUAUACUCGCCAAGAUGACGUCGAAAACCGUGACAAGGUCUAUUUAAUUAUUUAUUUCUUUAUUUAAAUAUCUAAAAAAACUGCUUUUCUCUGGAAAUGUGUACGUGGGAAAAGAAAACAUAACGACGAUAAAAUGCUUUUCUUUUGAAACACUUUUAACGUGAUAAAUUAGUAAGGUUAUACCCAAGUUUUGGGUGCGACUUUUUUAGCCGGAGUUUUAUUAACAAGGUCAAUGAAGCGGAACCAACCGAAAGUAAAGUUCCUGUUUGAAAACUUAAUCAAAUAAUUGUAAAAAGGUUUUUUAUCCUUCUAGAAUUCUCGACUUACCAGAAGAGGACGUGAGUUUUCGUUGUUUACAUAUUUUUGCUUUAAGAAAAAAAGUUAUGAAAUAAAUAAAGAAAAAAGUGAAACCACGGGCGCGAUCCAUUCAACCAAAAUUUCCGACCGGUCCGACCGGGAAAAGUGGUCCACCUCAAAAGGUGGACCAUUUUUUUCGAAACUUUUGCGGUUGGACCGAACCGAUCCAUUGAGUUUUGGACCGAAAUUUCAGGAAAUUUUGUUGAAUGGAUCGCGCCCCACAACUCUGGUCGACGGGACCCUUGAUGACGCCAGCCGCCAGUUCUGUCCAGGGAUAUAUGUCGCUUUUGUCACUUUGCUAACCUAUCCUGUGUCAACCUGCGCUACCGAAGGCAGUUUUAACGGCAUGAAGGGACUAAAAAAAACCCUCUUUGAAGCACUAUGAGUGAGCCAUUUUGGCAAUGCUCCACAUACACAAGCACAAGAAUCGGGAUAUUGACAAAGUAGUUUCCGAGUUCCUUUCCUUCACGGAAAGCAUCUUUUUUUAAUAUCAGGGGAGUAACGUGGUUUUUCCGGUUAGGUACGCGCUUGAAGGCGCAGUGAAACAAGCACCGAAGGCGCAAGCCUCUGGGGUGUCUGAGAGCAUACUCCCCAAGAAAAACUUUUCAUUAUUUUUAGGGCCUCGGAAAUGCUAUUUCCCAUGAUUUUCAGGGGAAAGUUUCAUAAAACAAAGCAUGGGAAAACGCUAACUUUUCAUUAACUUUGUUGUUUAUUUUUCAACCUUUGGUACUACUGAUAUAUGUGUAUAUUAGUUAUAAACUGUAAAUGUGACUACAGGAAAAAAGUGAAAAAGAGCUUUACUCAGUGAUGGCGCGUUUGAACGACCCGAGGGACUCUGUGCACCUGACUCUCGGAUGCCUCAGUUUAUUUUGGAGGAGUUAAAACAAUUUCCACCCAGAAAAAACUGAACCAUCUUUUGCUAAAAUGCUGAAAAACAAACGACACAAAGAGAAAUUACGGCCAAAGGAGCUCGUCAUCACCUGCCCUGGAGUUCCACUUGCUACCAAUAUUUAAGUCUCACAUAGCGCGUUCGUUCAGACUUUUUAAAAUAAAACUCCAUGUCAGAUUUCUUUUCUCGCGAAAAUUUGCAAGUUUCUCACCACAAAGGUGUUUGCUGGAAAUCCUACUCUUCUCUGAUUGGCUUAGAGUUUUUUUUGGCGCGAAGGAUGAUUUGCUGUUGCACAGACCUCCGUGGAUGAUAAAAAGAAAGAUGGAGGACCUUGGCUGUAGGAUUAAAAUGUUUUAUAUGGUCUUCACUCGCCAGGAGUUCACGUACAGUUAAAACUAAACAACAUUGUGCGUCGAAUGGCUAUCGUAUUGAGAUUAAAGCUUCAAUCUCUUCUAUUGUAUUGGGAGCAAUAAACCAUGUUACCAUGAUUACAUGGCAGCAGUUGACCCUGUUUUGAUACCCUUUCCGCUUUCUUAUGUAAAUCCUGUUGUUCUUGCGCUAACUAGUAUUUUUAAAGCAUAGUUUUCGUAAGAAAACAAAGGAAGUUUUUAUCAAAACUUCGUCAAACUCAGCCUCGCAUUCCUGGUCGAGGACUAGGGUCAGUACUAAGACAACAACUGUAAAAUAGUCCGGCUAUACCUAGGUCCGAUAAGGCCUUCCUUAGAAAUCGCACCUUGUGUGAGAAAGCCGCCUGACGAGAAACGUAUUGCCACAUUUGGUUUUGCAAUAAAAAUAAUCUAUCUCUAGAGCCACCUAAAAUAUCGACGAUAUCUCUGUUAUUUCAAGGUACUUAUAUUAUUUCCACCAAGUGUCCGUCGAACAGCGGACGUGGUUAAUGGAGCCAUCCAUUAUCCUCAUCCCUUAAAAGCUGAAUGACUCUUCUUACGAUUUGGACAGCUUCCUUGUGUUUAAACUAGGAGGUUAUUGUGCAUUUGAACUAGUAAACAGACAAAACAUAACUAUACUUUACUUAAGUUGUUUGUCAUGUUUUAUAGUAGUAUUCGAAGAGAAAAUUUGCGCUAUGAUUAUGUUGAUUUGAGCGCAGUGAAUUAGAACGUUUAACUAUGAAGUGAACUCUCCCUUAACAACAGUCGCAUGGUUGUCCAACGGUCUUAAUGGCCUUCGUCUUAAAGAAAAUUGUGACAGCAUUGAUGUACCAAAAAAUUCAUUUAUUUACAAAAGUAAUAAAUAAAUAAACAAACAAACAAAUAAAUAAAUGAAUAAAUAGAUAAAUCAUUAUGUACCCACUGUGAGAGCUAGAAAGAUCACUUGAUGCAAAUUCUUAACUUUACAAAACCCACGUAACUGAGGAGCUCUUUACACCACCCAUGAAAAAAUCAUUUAGCUAUUAUUUGGAGGUAUGGAAUUGGAACAUUGGAAAUAAUAAUAAAAAAACUGUUCGUCUGAGUAAACAACCUGUAUGCGACUUAUCUGAGCUAUAACCCUGAUGUACCUUUUGAAUGUUAACAUUAUAUCACGGCACUGGCUUGUUUAAGACACCAAGACGGGAUAGUCGCAAACGGAAGCUUCCCGGCGGAUCAACUCAAGAAUGCAUGAAAGCGACAGAUCACAAAAUAUAAUGGUGUCAUAAAAAUCAGUGAUAAUAUGUCGUCUCGUGAUAAAAAAAAAAUCAAACACGAAACCGGGAAGAGACUUAAAAGUCGUUUUGUUAGAAAAAUUUGGUCAAAAUCAAGUUUUUGGAAUGGCGACGCUUGCGGAAUAUAAAACUCGUAACAUCUUCUGAACCUUGUUGUUGUCAGCCUAUCCAGGGAAAAAAGUUUUGAAAAUGUCGACGGGUAUAAAGCACUACUAAGUUUUAAGGCACACUUUCGAACCAAUUAAAGGAAUUUACUUGGACUAAACACGAUUGUCGCUGAAUCAUUUACUCGCAUGCGACUCCUUAAGUUCGCUAGCCAUAACUUUUAAAAGUUAUUUGUCACCAUCAGCUACCGAAUUUUGAACACCCAUUACCACGAUUAGCCGGCUGUACUAUUGGCAAUUAACUGAUUAAAAUUAAAAAUCUGUCUUCACAACCAUAAUCAUAAUCAUAUUCGUAAUGAACCGUGCUAUUUUCAUCAGUAGUUUUCAACCAUGAAGGAAAUGUUGGAAUCAUUUUAAAACGGCUUUAGAAUCUUACAGUUUCUUGGUGAAAAUCCGGGGCAUAUCCACGGCCGUUUCCAUAUCUUCACCGAAUUUCUUGAGAAGAACUCUGGUCUGUUGCCUUCGUUUCUGAGUGAGCUGUUCUUCAGUGGCCUCAACCAUUCCAAUCCUUCGUACCUUUUGGUCGUCAUGAUGCGCUGUGUUACUUGAGUUCUGUUGUAUUCUCUCAGGAAUAUCCUCACACUGAUAAGCACUAUCAGUGUUGCCGAGAUCGAUGUCUUCUUGUUCAUCGGCUUUUUGCAUGUUGCCGUGCGUUUCACUGUUCUUAAUCUCAACAUGGAUGUCUUCUGGGCGUAUCAGUUCCUCGUUUCUGCUAAUAUAUUUUUCCCGUCGCGUUCGAGUGCUCACGUACAUUUCUUCACUAGUUUGCUUUGAGCAAAUGGAUUGAUUCACAGUAGCCGCGACGCUCAAACUCUCCGCCAUUUCGUUUAUCCGGUUGCCUCCUUUACAGAAAUAGCUAUCCAGUUGUUGUGGUACAGUUUAUAUAGGCGUUUUUGUUGUUGUUUUUUCUGCUUUGUUAAUUUAAGAAGAAAACAAAAUUUGGUUAACGCCCUUUAACUGGACCGGAAAAGGAACCAAAAUGCAUUACCGAAUAUAAACGUUCCGCGACAGCAGCAAUAACAACAACAACAACAACAACAACAUCAUUUCUUUUUUAAUUCCAGAUUUUACUUUCACGCUGAUAGGCUUUUAAGUACAGCCCUGGAAAACGAAAUCUAAUUUUGUGUGAUAUCAAAAAGUAACAUUAAAAACAAAUAGUUUUAGGUAUUGUAUAUCGUAACGUAGAUUAGUUAUUACGAUGUACGUGUUCGCUUCAAGGCGUGUCCAUAUUUGGCAAUCGCCAAGAUCCGUAUUUUUCACUAAGAACCUCUUAUUUUAGGCCACGCCCAGAUUAAACUGAUACUCAUUUACGAUAUUUAAAAAGAGAACGUCGGUUCCUGAGGAUGUCUAAGAUGUUUUGAAGGAGACGAGCUGUUGAGCAUAAUACUCACUGAAAUGCGGGAAAGAUUUUACCAAUAUCCUGAUGUAAUUUGUCCCGGCGACUUUUAUGUUUAAAUGCGAUUAUUUUAAAAAUUAACUGGGUGUAUAAAACCUGCUUCGUUCAACAAUACUCACAGCUUUUUAUUGUGCGCCAUAUCACAGGCGCCAUUCUUGUGAAACAACGCUGUAAUUACAAAAUUAUAGUCGCUGCUUCAAUAACCCCAACCUUAACCCUAACCUUAAAACAGCAUUCUUUAAAUAAAAGAUAGACCCUGGCCCCGACCCCGGCCCCGGCCCCGACCCCGAUCUCGCGUUUUACUGACACCACGUGGGACGACGCGAAGAGAUGUGAGUAGGAAAAACAGUGAGGGAAUGGGGUAGGCCACGAGCCUUAGCGGCGACAUCGAAAAACCCAACUUACUCCACUGACUUAAAAGAUAUCACGUAAUUAUCAGCGCUGCUACUCUCGAACAACCCGAAUAGUAACUGCAAACCGUCGUGAAAAAAAAAAAGAAUUUUACUGGAACGAUAAGUGUCAACCCUAUUCCUAAUCCUAACCUUAAAACAGCAUUCUUUUAAAAAAAGAUAGACCCCGACCCCAGCCCCAGCCCCAGCCCCAGCCCCGACCCCGUCCCCUCGUUUUACUGACACCCGUCCCCACGGUCUGAACGCCUGGAACAGGCUAGUGGUAUGCAGGGUUCAUCCUUUGCGCUUGUCUGCGUGAGCUGGAGGCCGCGGGAUCGGAUUACUUCCAUUGGUCUGGCCUGCGAACGGCCAGACAUUGACGUUGCUCGGAUGGCCAGGUGGAAAUAACUGUCCGAUCUCAAACCAUUUUGUCGCGGAAAAAUGUAGAACGAAUCUAGAAGAAAAGCCGGACUAACAAGGCCACAGGAAAACAAACUCUAACUUUUAUGUACAACAUUUAAUGAAGAAGUGUUUGGCACGGGAAAGUAACUGAGUGCGAUCCAUUCAACCAAAAUUUCCGACCGGUCCGACCGGGAAAAGUGGUCCACCUCAAAAGGUGGACCAGUUUUUUCGAAACUUUUCCGGUUGGACCGAACCGAUCCAUUGAGUUUUGGACCGAAAUUUUCGGAAAUUUUGAUUGAAUGGAUCGCGCUCCACAACUCUGGUCGACGGGUCCCUUGACGACGCAAGCCGCCAGUUCUAUCCAGGGAUACAAGUCGCUUUUGUCACUUUGCUAACCUAUCCUGUGUCAACCUGCGCUACCGAAGGCAGUUUUAAAGGCAUGAAGGGACUAAAAACCCCUCUUUGAAGCACUACGAGUGAGCCAUUUUGGCAAUGUUCCACAUACACAAACACAAGAAUCGGGAUAUUGACAAAGUAGUUUCCGAAUUCCUUUCCUUCACGGAAAGCAUCUUUUUUAAUAUCAGGGGCGUAACGUGGUUUUUCCGGUCAGGUACGCGCUGGAAGGCGUAGUAAAACAAGCACCGAAGAGGCAAGCCUCUGGGGGGUCUGGGGGCAUACUCCCCAAGAAAAAUUUUUGAUUAUUUUUAGGGCCUCGGAAAUGCUAUUUCCCAUGAUUUUCAGGGGAAAGUUUCAUAAAUCAAAGCAUGGGAAAACGCUAACUUUUCGUUAACUUUGUUGUUUAUUUGUCAACCUUUGGUACUACUGAUAUAUGUGUAUAUUAGUUAUAAACUGUAAAUGUGACUACAGGAAAAAAGUGAAAAAGAGCUUUACUCAGUGACGGCGCGUUUGAACGACCCGAGGGACUCUGUGCACCUGCCUCUCGGGUGCCUCAAUUUAUUUUGGGGGAGUUAAAACAAUUUCCACCCAGAAAAAACUGAACCAUCUUUUGUUAAAAUGCUGAAAAACAAACGACACAAAGAGAAAUUACGGCCAAAGUAGCUCGUCAUCACCUGCAGUCACCUCGGAGUUCCACUUGCUACCAACAUUGAAGUCUCACAUAGCGUUCGUUCAGACUUAAAAUAAAACUCCAUGUUAGAUUUCUUUUCUCGCGAAAAUUUGCUAGUUUCUCACCACAAAGGUGUUUGAUGGAAAUCCUACUCUGCUCUGAUUGGCCUCCUGGAUUGGCUUAGACUUUUUUUGACGCGAAAGAUGAUUUGCUGUUGUACAGACCUCCGUGGAAAAUAAAAAGAAAGAUGAAGGAUCUUGGCUGUAGGAUUAAAAUGUUUUAUAUGGUCUUCACUUGCGCCAGGAGUUCACGUACAGUUAAAACUAAACAACAUUGUGCGUCGAAUGGCUAUCGUAUUGAGAUUAAAGCUUCAAUCUCUUCUAUUGUAUUGCGGAGCAAUAAACCAUGUUACCAUGGUUACGGUUAUGGCAGCAGUUAACCUUGUUUUGAUACAACCCUUUCCGCUUUCUUAUGUAAAUCUUGUUGUUCUUGCGCUAACUAGGAUUUGUUAACCAUAGUUUUUAUAAGAAAACAAAGGAAGUUUUUAUCAAAACAUGGUCAAACUCAGCCUCGCAUUCAAUCGAAGGCUAGGGUACUAAGACCGUCACAACUGUACAUGUAAAAUAGUCUAUUCCUAGGUCCUAUAAGGCCUUCCUUAGAAAUCGCACCUUGUGUAAGAAAGCCGCCUGACGAGAAACGUAUUGCCACAUUUGGUUUUGCAAUAAAAAUAAUCUAUCUCUAGAGCCACCUGUUAUUUCAAGGUACUUAUAUUAUUUCCACCAAGUGUAGGCCUUUCCCGAUUGCGCUGAGCACCUUUUCAGCACUUUUUUGAGUUUGGAGCACUAUUUUGCAUUUUGAGCACCCUUAAGCACUUUUUCGCACUUUGGGCAACAUUUGAGCAAUAUUUCACAUUUCGAGCAAAUUUCGAGCAACAUAUGUCUUCUAAAACAUUUUAAAGCAAAAACUGUGUGUCGCUCGCAACGAGAAUCGUGUUCCAGGUCAUAAAUUUGAAUAACUAAUGAUGUUGUCAAGAAUAAAAGACCGUUUUCAUGGAAAGGCACGUGGACUUAUCCUUACUGAGCGUGAGAACAGAAGUUUCUGAUUGGCUGAUGUAUCAUGCGUGUGUCAUCUCAAAUUUUUAAAUCAUCUGAUGUCUAGGCUUUGCACUAGUACUGCUGAAUUUAUUUACAAUGUGUAACCGGCUUUAGUUUUUUAAAAAUAUUAUUGUUCUAUAUUCUAUCAACCUUCGUAACAACCUGUCGAAUAACACUACGCAAAAUAGAUUGUUAAUUACUUCAGUAAAAAUUGACAUAUUUACGAAAAGCUUAGAGGUUACUGUUCACAACUUUUAGCACUUUUUGAGCACUAUUUUGAGAUUUUGAGCACUUUUUAGCCAUUUUUGCCAGCACUUUUUUAGGAUUUUACGAGCGCAAUCGGGAAAGGCCUAACCAAGUGUCCGUCGAACAGCGAACGUGGUUAAUGGAGCCAUCCAUUAUCCUCAUCCCUUAAAAGCUGAAUGACUCUUCUUACGAUUUGGACAGCUUCCUUGUGUUUAAACUGGGAGGUUAUUGUGCAUUUGAACUAGUAAACAGACAAAACAUAACUAUACUUUAGUCAACUAUAACCAACCAUUAUCUUAAGUUGUUUGUCAUGUUUUAUAGUAGUAUUCGAAGAGAAAAUUUGCGCUAUGAUUAUGUUGAUUUGAGCGCAGUUAAUUAGAACGUUUAACUAUGAAGUGAACUCUCCCUUAACAACAGUCGCAUGGUUGUCCAACGGUCUUAAUGGCCUUCGUCUUAAAGAACAUUGAUGUACCAAAAAAUUCAUUUAUUUACAAAAGUAAUAAAUAAAUAAACAAACAAACAAAUAAAUAAAUGAAUAAAUAGAUAAAUCAUUAUGUACUCACUGUGAGAGCUAGAAAGAUCACUUGAUGCAAAUUCUUAACUUUACAAAACCCACGUAACUGAGGAGCUCUUUACACAACCCAUGAAAAAAUCAUUUAGCUAUUAUUUGGAGGUAUGGAAUUGGAACAUUGGAAAUAAUAAUAAAAAAACUGUUCGUCUGAGUAAACAACCUGUAUGCGACUUAUCUGAGCUAUAACCCUGAUGUACCUUUUGAAUAUUAACAUUAUAUCACGGCACUGGCUUGUUUAAGACACCAAGACGGGAUAGUCGCAAACGGAAGCUUCCCGGCGGAUCAACUCAAGAAUGCAUGAAAGCGACAGAUCACAAAAUAUAAUGGUGUCAUGAAAAUCAGUGAUAAUAUGUCGUCUCGUGAUAAAAAAAAAAUCAAACACGAAACCGGGAAGAGACUUAAAUGUCGUUUUGGUUAGAAAAAUCUGGUCAAAAUCAAGUUUUUGGAAUGGCGACGCUUGCGGAAUAUAAAACUCGUAACAUCUUCUGAACCUUUUUGUUGUCAGCCUAUCCAGGGAAAAAAGUUUUGAAAAUGUCGACGGGUAUAAAGCACUACUGAGUUUUAAGGCACACUUUCGAACCAAUUGAAGGAAUUUACGUGGACUAAACACGAUUGUCGCUGAAUCAUUUACUCGCGUGCGACUCCUUAAGUUCGCUAGCCAUAACUUUUAAAAGUUAUUUGUCAUCAUCAGCUACCUCAUUUUGGACACCCAUUACCACGAUUAGCCGGCUGUACUAUUGGCAAUUAACUGAUUAAAAUUAAAAAUCUGUCUUCACAACCAUAAUCAUAAUCAUAUUCGUAAUGAACCGUACUAUUUUCAUCAGUAGUUCUCAACCAUGAAGGAAAUGUUGGAAUCAUUUUAAAAUGGCUUUUGAAUUUUACAGUUUCUUGCUGAAAAUCCGGGGCAUAUCCACGGCCGUUUCCAUACCUUCACCGAAUUUCUUGAGAAGAACCCUGGUCUGUUGCCUUCGUUUUUGAGUGAGCUCUUUUUCAGUGGCCUCAACCAUUCCAAUCCUUCGUGCCUUUUGAUCGUCAUGAUCCGCAGUGUUAUUACUUGAGCUCUGUUGUAUUCUCUCAGGAAUAUCCUCACACUGAUAAGCACUAUCAGUGUUGCCGAGAUCGAUGUCUUCUUGUUCAUCGGCUUUUUGCAUGUUGCCGUGCGUUUCAUUGUUCUUAAUCUCAACAUGGAUGUCUUCUGGGCGUAUCAAUUCCUCGUUUCUGCUAACAUAUUUUUCCCGUCGCGUUCGAGUGCUCACGUACAUUUCUUCACUAGUUUGCUUUGAGCAAAUGGAUUGAUUCACGGUAGCCGCGACGCUCAAACUCUCCGCCAUUUCGUUUAUCGGUUGCCUCCUUUACAGAUGUAGCUAUUCAGUUGUUGUGGUACAGUUUAUAUAGUCUUUUUUGUUGUUGUUUUUUUCUGCUUUGUCAAUUUAAGAAGAAAACAAAAUUUGGUUAACGCCCUUUAACUGGACCGGAAAAGGAACGAAAAUGCGUUACCGAAUAUAAAUGUUCCGCAACAGCAGCAACAACAACAACAACAACAACAAUAUCAUUUCUUUUUUAAUACCUGAUUUUACUUUCACACUCAUAGACUUUUAAGUACAGCCUUGGAAAACGAAAUCUAAUUUUAUGUAAUAUCAAAAAGUAACAUUAGAAACAAAUAGUUUUAGGUAUUGUAUAUCGUAACGUAGAUUAGUUAUUACGAUGUACGUGUUCGUUUCAAGGUGUAUCCAUAUUUGGAAAUCGCCAAGAUCCGUAUUUUUCACUAAGAACCUCUUAUUUUAGGCCACGCCCAGUUUAAACUGAUACUCAUUUACGAUAUUUGAAAAGAGGACGUCGGUUCCCGAGGAUGUCUAAGAUGUUUUGACGAAGACGACCCGUUGAGCAUAAUACUCACUGAAAUGCGGGAAAGAUUUCACCAAUAUCCUGAUGUAAUUUGUCCCGGCGACUUUUAUGUUUAAAUGCGAUUAUUUUAAAAAUUAACUGGGUGUAUAAAACCUGCUUCGUUCAACAAUACACACAGCUUUUUGUUGUGCGCCAUAUCACAGGCGCCAUGCUUGUGAGACAACGCUGUAAUUACAAAAUUAUAGUCGCUGCUUCAAUAAUCGUUCCAGUAAAAUUCUAUUUUUUUUCGCGACGGUUUGCAGUUUCUAUUCGGGUUGUUCGAGAGUAGCAGUGCUGAUAAUUACAAGAUAUCUUUUAAGUCAGUGGACUAAGUUGGGUUUUUCGAUGUCACCGCUAAGGCUCGUGGCCUACCCCACGCCCUCACUGUUUUUCCUGCUCACAUCUCUUCGCGUCGUUCCACGUUAGGGUUAGGGUUAGGUUGGGGGUUAGUGUCAACCCUAUCCCUAACCCUAACCUUAAAACAGCAUUCUUUUAAGGAAAGAUAGACCCCGACCCUAGCCCCUUCCACGACCCCGUCCCCGCGUUUUACUGACACCCGUCCCCACGGUCUGAACGCCUGGAACAGGCUAGUGGUAUGCAGGGUUCAUCCUUUGUGCUUGUCUGCGUGGAGCUGGAGGCCGCGGGAUCGGAUUAUUUCUAUUGGUCUGGCCUGCGAACGGCCAGACAUUGACGUGGCUCGGAUGGCCAGGUGGAAAUAACUGUCCGGUCUCUAGCCAUUUUGUCGCGGAAAAAUGUAGAACGAAUCUAGAAGAAAAGCCGGACUAACAAGGCCACAGGAAAACAAACUCUAACUUUUAUGUACAACAUUUAAUGAAGAAGUGUUUGGCACGGGAAAGUAACUGAGUAGACUGCAGUAAUUCUCUCAUUCCUUUUUCUUUUUCUAAAUUGUAUUUUUUUUUUCAACCUGCCUCUUUUGUUACCUCAACAGGACACGCGCGAGGAAAAAGAAUUUAGAGUAAGCCGGUUAGCCAACGCGAUACGGCUGGACCCUGCGGAAACAGAUUUGACUAAAGCCAUGAAGAUGAUCCAGAAAGAAGGUUAGACUGCAAAAUGCCUUGCGUCCAAGGUGACACUGGAUUACACUCCUUUUUAAUUGUCGGGGAAUUGAGCUAUUCAGUACCCCCAUCCCGGGGUACUCCCUAUUCGGAGAUACUUUAAAAACAAUGCGUUUACUGAAAACCUUGCUGAGAACGCGCCCCCCCCCCGGUUCAGUACCAAUCAAUCUCAAUUGCACAUUUUUUUAAAACAUGGAGGUAAAAAAGUUGAACGGCAUUUUAAAAUGAAAUACCCACUGGUUUUUGUUCUUCUUUUAGCUGGGACCUCACAGGAUCCUAUGGCAGUAGUAUGCUACUGUGCUGUUGGUUGGCGGGCAAGCAUCAUGUCGCAGCGGCUGUUAGACGAGCUAGAAAAACCUGAAAAUCAGGAUAUCAAGUCUAGCAUGGAAGUGUACAGCUUAGAAGGGGCCAUUUUCAAAUGGGCCAAUGAAAGGAAGGACCUUGUUGACCCGGAUGGGAAGGACACGGAUUCGAUACAUACUUUCGACCGUUUUUGGGGACUGUUAGUUGAUAAAGAAUUGAGGAGAGUCGACCCUUAA